CAGAAAUCACGUGUACUUGCUUUCGCGUGGUUAUAGGCAGUUGUAGAUAUCACCGGGGUAAAACUCGUGUAGUUUUCAGUGUACCGGCAAUAAUCAAACUUUCCUUUGACGAUAUUUGAAAACAAUAGAAAGAGCAGAGUGAACGGUGGGGACUAUAAAUCAUAACCUAUCCUUGGAACUGAAAGUUUGUGAAAAGUGGAAUAUUUUUCAAUCGGCGUAAACUGUGUGGGAAUGGAUUCACAGGUGACUGAAAAUGCAAAAUUGGCAGAAAAGUACAAAGAAGACGCAAACCAAUGCUUCAACAAUCAAGAUUUUAACCAAGCAAUUGAACUAUAUGCCAAAGCAAUAGAAUUGAAUCCAAAUGUAGCAGUGUACUAUGCGAAUAGAAGUUUUGCAUACCUAAAGACUGAAUGCUUUGGUUAUGCAUUAACUGAUGCAGACAAGUCCAUUGAGAUAGAUAAAUCCUAUGUAAAAGGAUAUUAUAGACGGGCAGCAGCUCAUAUGUCCUUAGGAAAAUUUAAAAUGGCUUUAAAGGAUUAUGAAACGGUCACCAAAGCUAGGCCAAAUGAUAAGCAAGCUAAAAUGAAAUAUACAGAAUGUAAUAAAAUUGUUAAGAAGAUGGCUUUUGAAAAAGCUAUUGCUGUAGAUGAUGUGAAAAAAAGUAUAGCUGAUUCAAUUAACUUAGAAAAUAUAGUGAUAGAAGAUGACUAUAGUGGUCCUAAACUAGAAGAUGGUAAUGUAACAUUAGAGUUUAUGGAAGAUCUCAUGGAAACUUACAAGAAGCAAGGGAAACUUCAUAGAAUAUAUGCUUAUAAGAUUUUACUGGAUGUGAAGCAGUUAUUUAUGAAACAGUCAACAUUAGUGGAUAUUGCUAUACCAGAUGACAGUAAAUUUACUGUUUGUGGAGAUAUACAUGGUCAAUUCUAUGAUCUAAUGAAUAUAUUUAAGCUGAAUGGCUUACCAUCGCCAUCUAAUCCAUAUCUAUUCAACGGAGACUUCGUUGACAGAGGAUCUUUUUCUGUUGAGUGCAUUUUCACAUUAUUUGGCUUUAAACUCUUGUACCCGGAACAUUUUUUCAUGUCUAGAGUGUCACAUUCGGGUGUGUUUGAACAAUCUCAUGACCUCAAAUCCACAUUCUGCUUUGAUCAUUUCAUUUGUUUAGCAGUGAUAUGUGUGAAAUUUUGUGUCAGUUUUUUGCCUCAGGCACAAGGGAACCACGAGAGUCAAACUAUGAAUCAGAUGUACGGGUUUGAAGGUGAAGUUAAAGCAAAAUACACGGCUCAAAUGUCCGAAUUGUUUACGGAAGUAUAUAACUGGUUGCCUUUGGCGCACUGCCUCAAUAAUAGAGUUUUGGUUAUGCAUGGCGGCCUGUUUUCAAGAGAUGACGUUGAACUGACUGAGAUACGAAAUAUUGAUCGAAAUCGCCAACCACCAGAAGAAGGAAUAAUGUGUGAAUUGCUAUGGUCCGACCCUCAGCCUCAAAAUGGGCGAGCGCCGAGCAAACGCGGCGUGGGUGUGCAAUUCGGACCAGACGUUACCAAAAACUUCCUUGAAAAGAAUGAUUUGGACUAUAUUAUUAGAAGUCAUGAAGUGAAAAGCGAGGGCCUCACCCUGACGUCAAGCCAAUGGCAUAUGCGAAUUCUUUGUUAUCACUUAUUUGCUAGUAGUGGUACAAUUCAUACUUCAAAAAAUAUUUCAGUGCAGUUAUAUGAAGAAAUUACUUGUACAGUUUUGAAUGAAGAAUGUAUUAUGGUUUGGGCAAGUUUUCAUUAUCGAAAAAGUUACAAGACGAAUUGUCACGAUAUAUCUCCUGCAUGCAAAAGCUAAUGGAAACGAGUGUAUGUAUAUGAACUUUGUAACAAUGAAAUGUGAAUGAUUUCCCAGUAAAUUGCAAAAUAAUUUACUAUGUUUUUAAUGAGCAUUAAAUAAAUAAUACAUGAUUUUUGUUGCUUUUAUUUUA